GUUUUCAACAACAAAUGAAAACGAAUGGAAAAAGAAAUAAAUGUCGUGAUAACAAUCAAAUGCGAAUAUUUUGUGUCAUGCACGUAUGUCUGUGUACAUUCGAAUGUUUUCAUGUGUGAGUGGUGGCUAUUGACAUGGAAUGAUGAUAAAAUAAAAGUUUUCUUUUUUUCUUUUUUCGUUUGUUAUCAUUCAAAUGUUGAAAGUUGUCUGCUAUCUGUGUUUAAUGUAACAUACAAUGAUGACCACAACAAAGCAAACCUUGAUUAAAUGAAUCAUCAUCAUUAAUGUAAUUUGAAGAGAAAGGAAAAGUGAUAAUCUCACAAAAUUGUGAUGUGAUCAAUGUUAUCAUCGAAUCUUAUUAAUAAUAAAGAUGGUGAACAUCGCCACAAACAUUCUAUAUAUCGAAUGGUGUUCAAUCUACAAUACUUUCAAAUCAAAUUUACGAUAAGCACUCAGCUUGCUUUAUGAUAUGUGAGAUUUUUUUCCUUAUUGAUUUUUUAGCCCGCAUAAUUUUUGGUGUCAACACACAACACAAAGCCAAUUUAUAAUUUGUGAUUCCAAAGCAGAAAAACAUGUUUAAAGAAAAAAUUCUACCAAAAUUAGUGCUACUAAAUACACGUCUGGUACUUGGAACAUAUACAGCACUCACAUUGCCAUUCUAUACAAUUUACCAAAGACCAUGGCGUGUAUUGAAUGCAUCGAAAAAGCAAUGGGCAACCAGGGAAAAAUCAUCAGAUGGUUCAUAUUAUUAUUGGAAACGAUUAGGACCACCGGUUACAUUGCCAAAUGAUUAUCAUCUUUGUAAUACAUUACAAGAAAUCUAUGUCAAAAUGAAACAAUUUGAAGAUUUGGAAAAGAAUAAACUUGGCUAUCGUGAUGUGUUAUCUGCGCAAUUGAAAUUUGAUUCAAAAGGACAACCAAUCAAACAGGAUGGCCGCGUGAUCAAAGAAAUCAAAUUAGCCGAUCAUUAUACCUGGCUGAAAACGAAACAAGUAUUUGAUAAAUUUGAAAUGGUCGGAUCCGGUUUCAAACGAUUGGGUCUUGGAUCAGAUGACCGUGUCAUUAUGUUUGCCGACACACGUAUUGAAUGGUUUAUUGCAUCUUUUAGUUUGAUGUUGUUUCAGAUUCCAAUCGCAACCUUGUUUUCAAAUUUGGGCAAAAAGGGAUUCGUGUUUGGUGUGAAUCAACAAAAAGCCAAAGUGAUAGUGACUUCGUAUGAUCUACUCGAAAGAAUUCAUAGUGUUAUCGAUCAGAUGCCAUGUGUUGAGAAAAUUGUUUAUAUGCAAUAUGAUUUUCAAAAAACGCAGCAAAUACCUAAAUUUCCUGAUCAUAUACAAUUGAUACCGUUCGAUCAGCUGGAAGAAAUGGGUCGAAAAUCAUCGAUAAAAAUACCGGAUAAAUUACCAAGUGCUGAUCAAGUAUCGGUAAUAAUGUAUACAUCUGGUACAACCGGUAUACCAAAAGCGGUAAUGUUUACGAACAAACAAUUAAUAUCUGCCGUAUUAAGCUUGGCAAGUAAUGUGCUGGAAAUCGCUGAUCAAGGUCCACGUCAUAUGUAUGCAUCAUUUUUACCAUUAGCACAUAGUCUUGGAUUUACAUUCGAAUGGUUUCUGUUUUGUGGCGGUGUUUCAAUCGGUUAUAGUAGUCCAUAUACACUGACCGACACAUCACCGGGUAAUCCACCCGGACAAUUGGGUGAUCUUAAAUUGCUUCAGCCUACAACAUUGGUUAGUGUGCCAUUAAUUCUUGAUCGAAUCGUCAAGGAAAUCUAUCUAAAACUUUCUGCACGUUCACCAAUUCUUCCACCGUUAUUCACAUAUCUAAUGCAAUAUAAAACACGUUGGAUUGAUCGUGGUUAUCGUACACCAAUAUUGGAUAGAAUUGUUUGUCGUCGUGUACAGGAACAAUUCGGUGGUAAAUUAGAAUUCAUUAUCUGUGGUGGUGCUGCAUUGAAUCGGAAAACUGAAGAAAUUAUUCGUGCAGCUUUGAAUGUUAAAGUCAUGACUGGUUAUGGCUUGACAGAAACGACAGGCGGUGUAACGGGGAAACAUUUGGACGACAUGACUUCCGGGUUUGCUGGUGUACCUAUGGAAGGUGCAUUUAUUCGUUUGGUCGAUUGGAAAGAAGGUGGCUAUACAUUCGAUGAUAAACCGAAUCCACGAGGUGAAGUUGUCAUCGGUGGUGAAAGUGUUGCACAAGGCUAUUAUCAACUUGAAGAUGAAACAAAUGCUGUAUUCAAAACGGAUUCGAAUGGCAUCCGAUGGCUUUAUAGCGGUGAUAUUGGUGAAAUAUUACCGAAUGGUCUUUUAAAAAUUAUUGAUCGUAAAAAAGAUUUAGCUAAAUUACCGAACGGGGAAUAUGUUUCACUGGGUCGUAUUGAAACAGUGAUCAAAACAGCACCGAUGGUCGAAAAUUGCUGCAUUUGUUUACAUGAUAAAAUCAAUGAUAUUGUUGCUUUGAUAACUCCUAGUGUUAAACAGUUGAAAAUUUUGGUCGAAAAAUUGAACAAAGCUAACCUUACACAUGAACAAGUGUGUGCAGAUCCAGAAAUAAAACAGGCCAUCAUGGAGGAUAUUCGUCAAGUUUGCCAGGCUUCAGGUCUACAUGAUAAAGAAAUUCCGACACGAAUAACAAUUUGUCACGAAGAAUGGACACCGGAUAAUGAUCUACUGACAUCGGCAUUUAAACUGAAACGUAAUUCAGUAUUGAAAUAUUAUGCCAAAGAUAUUGAAAAAUUGUUUCAACCAACAAAGCUGUGAAUGGAAAUUCCUAACAAGAUUUGUGACGAGAGAAACAAAAAUUAUUGUAAUUAAUUUAAUUUAAUAAUUUAAUCGUACAAUUUCCUUUUUUUGUUUUUAAUUGAUUCCUUUUUAUUAUUUUUUGAUUAUUGACUACACACAAAAAAGUAAUGGUCUGCGAGUAAUCGCAAACGACAUACGACUAGAUGACUGACUAUCGAUAUAUCCACAAGUGUUUAUAUUUAAUUAUUAUGAACAAUCAAUACACAAUUUUCAAUCA